GAACUGAAAUUUUACAGGUUUCAAAAUCAAAACUCUAGAUUCUGGGAACUUUCCCUUUAGUAGAUUAAGUAUGACAUAUGAUCAAAAAAUAUAAAAUUUAUUUUUUGAAAUGAUUUUUAUCUUAUCAAAUUAUUCAUAAACUAUUGUUUUUGAUUUGGAAAGCCUUCCUUGCUAAAUUUUCAUAGCUUUUAUGCGUUAUAAAAAAUAUUAUUCUCUGACAAGUAGAGGAAUCAUCCAAUCCACUUUGCUUGUAUUAAAAUUUUUUAUAAAAUUCAUUAUGCACCCACAUAUGUGACUAUACAGCUUCACGUGAAAGGUGCAGCUGUAAAGUUUUCCGCAACAGGAACUUCAAAAUUGGAAAUUCUGAUUUUUAUUUCAUCCUAUUCUGAAAGCAUUGAACAUAUUAUUUUUUCAGUAUGAGUAAUGAAGAUCUUCAUUUAGAGUUUGUUUGGCUCCCAAGAGUGGAGGAACUAAACGAAAUAUGUGACCAUCUAAAAAUUAUGCAGCAUGAAGACGAUUUCAAACCUUUUGGAUCUAUAUUUAAAUUUAAAUCAUUUUUAUCAAAACAUUGUGGUUUUCCACUAUAUGUUUCUGAUUGCAAGCCUAGAAUUGAAUUUGAUUUGUCCUUAAAAAAUGCUCUUGAUGAAACUAAAGCCAAGAAUGAUUUGUUUUAUGCUGAGUUUUUGUAUGUUGUCAAUUGUUCAAUUAAAUUUGAAAAAGGUUUAGAUCAUGAUUAUAACCGCUUUCUUAAUUUUUUUUGCUCUAUUAAAAAUUUUCAGUUUGAUUUGUGGUUGAAACCUCUGCCAUCUUUAUUAUCUGAUUGUAAAAUUAAUACCAGUGAGGAAACAUUUGAGUUGACUAAAUUCUCUCUUGGUAAUUUUGUGAGCCUAAACACAUUUGUUGAACAUUUUGAUAGCAAAACAUCUCUGCAGAAAUUUGAUUACAAAAUUACUCAAGCUAAGCUGCAGUUUUUACAUGAUUACAGAAAAUUAAUUUUAUAUUUUGUUGUUGGCAAAAAUAUAAAAAACGUGAAAAAAAGAAAUGCUACUACUCACCGCUUUCAUAAAAUAGAAAUUCCCUAUGGUGCUCUUUAUUCCAUGAUUAUUUCUAAAAGUGAAACACUCACUAUAUACUUACGAAUGAUUCAGUCUCCUCUGCUGUAUGGGAUUCAACAAAGCAAUGAUGAAUCAGACGAUUAUAUUGAGUUUCCUGACAUCAGAGCUGGCACACCUUGGUUUAGAGUAGUUGAUUUUUUUGAAGGAAAUACGCAAAUUAGAAAGGAAUUUAGUAUGAACACAGUACUCAAAAUUGAUUUUGAACAUAAAGCUUUGGACUAUAAUUUUUUGUUUAAGUUAUUCAUUCAUUGCAAAAAUAUUCAAAUAUAUUUUGCUCCAGUAACUGUUAGGGAGAAUUUUUCUCAACAUUUGAAUAUUUCAUUUCCUUUGGAUAAUUUUGAUUGUUUCUAUGCUUUACAUUGUUUAUUAACAUAUAGCUUUGAAAUUUUGGAUCAGUUGAUUGUGCGAAAUGAAGUUGAUGAACUCAAGUCGUUUUUGAACCAAAAAAGUGAGGAAGAUUCAGCUGCUCUUUGUGAGGCUCUGUACAUUAUUUAUGACGCUAUUAUACAAGGUAAUGUUUUCAUAUUCUUACAUUGUUUGAAAGAUCUUUUCCGGAGAUUACAUGGAAGAUCUUCAUUGUUAGUUACCAAUGAGCUCCCUGAAGAUGAAAAGGUUAAAGAGAAAAAACUGAGUAAAUCACUUUUAAUCAAGCGUGUUAUAGCCACUCCCACACAUUUCCGCUUGAUGCCCCCUGUUCCAACUUUGAAAAGCCGAGCAUUAAGAGAUUGUGAUCCAAAAUACUCUCUUCGACUUUCAAUUAGAGAUGUAGAUUUAGAUAUGAUAAAUUGGUCUUUAAGAAAAGGUUUUUUUCCUGAUAUGGAUAGGAAAUUAAUGGAAUUUUUUUCCAAAUAUUUUAAGACACCUUUACUUCAAGGAAUCAAAAUAGGAAAAAGAAAUUAUAAGUAUAUAGGAAAUUCAACUAGUCAAUUGAAAGCUCAUGGAAUGUGGUUUUAUGCUAAAGAUAAGAAUAAUUUAACUGCUGAUAAGUUAAGGAAAAAAUUUGGAGAGUUAGAAAAAAUUAAAAAGGUACCCAAGUAUAUGGCACGGUUGGGUCAAACGUUUUCCCAAUCUAUGGGUAACAUUCAAGUUCCUCAAGACUGGACGAAUGUUAAAGAUCCUGAAAAAGAUAUUGAGAAAGGUAUAAAAGAAUAUUUAAUUCUAGAAGAUGAAAACACUGAUGCAGAUGAUAAACCACCUGAAAAGUUUUUAAAGGAGGUCGUACCUGAUGAUGCUGUUGAAAAAAAAAUCAUUGAACCUGGAGAGCCUUAUACUUUUUCUGAUGGUAUUGGUAGAAUAUCAUUGGAACUUGCUGAAGAGAUUUACAACGAAUUCAAAUUGGAAGAUGUUAAACCAUGUGCAAUGCAAAUACGUUAUGCUGGCUGUAAAGGAAUGUUAGUUGUUGAUCCCAAGCUAAAAGGAAAGAAAAUUAUGUUUAGAAAAAGCAUGAAAAAAUUUGAAUCUGAUCAUGAUUCAUUAGAAAUUUUAAAAUUUAGUGAGAAACGCACUGCAUGUCUCAAUCGUCCAUUUAUUUCCAUCUUGGAACAGUUGGGAGUGCACAAAGAAGUAUUUCUUGAAUUGCAAAAGGAAAUGAUUCAAAAUCACAUUACAAGCAUGUUUGAUGAAAAUGCUGCUUGUGAGUUUUUAAAUCGAAAUUCUCUACUUCGUCUGGAUUUCAUCAAAAUGUAUUUGGCUGAAAUUCAUUUUACUGAAGAUCCACUGUUUCGUUCUAUGAUAUAUUCACUUUUUCAGAAACAAAUUGAACUGCUAAAGACUAAAGCAAGUAUUGAGAUACCCAUUGAUCAAGGUCGCACUUUUUUUGGUGUUUUGGAUGAAACUUUUACGUUGGAGUAUGGAGAAGUUUUUAUCCAAUACAGUGAUUGGAAAACUAAUAAACCAAUAAUUUUGGAAGGAACUGUACUAGUGACUAAAAAUCCUUGCAUGCAUCCUGGGGACGUUCGAAAAUUUAAUGCUAUUGACGUUGAAGAUUUACACCACAUUGUAGAUUGCAUAGUGUUUCCUGCAAAUGGUCCAAGACCACACCCCGAUGAGAUGGCAGGUUCUGAUUUGGAUGGUGAUGAAUAUACUGCAAUAUGGCUUUCAUCAUUAAUUUUUCCUCGUGAUAAUGAGAAGCCUAUGGAUUUUGCUCUUAAAGAUAAGAAGGAAGACUUAGUAAAGCCUGUUGAACCCAAAGAUGAAUUAGAUCAUUUUGGAAAUUUUAUUUUCAAUGAUGAUGUUGGUAGAAUCGCCAAUGCUCACUUAGUCCAUGCAGAUAAUAUAAAUAAUGGCAUAUUUUCAGACAAAUGCAUUCGUCUUGCCAAAAAGUAUUCAAUAUCUUUAGAUUUUGCUAAAUCUGGUCAAAGUAUAAAGAUAGGUAGGGAUAGAGCAUUUAAGUACCCUGAUUUUAUGGAAAAAUGGAAUGAACAGCUGACUUAUUUGUCUACAAAAGCUCUUGGACAUUUAUUUCGAAGCUGCAAAAAACUUGAGCUAGGGUUAGAUACAGAAAGAAAUGAAAUUGAUUACAUCUUGGAUUCAGAAUUGCAGCAUAAAGAUUGGGAUAAAAAAUACAAGAAAUCAGCUGAACGAAUGCUGAAACAGUACUCUAACAAAAUUAAAAUGUUCUUAAGAAACUAUGGUUUUGAAAAUGAGGGGCAGUUACUGGCUGGCGCUUUUAUUAACCCACCAAAACAUUAUGACAAUAGACAUGAUAUGAUGAAUUUGAUGGCACUUCUAGAGUAUGAAAUUCAGUUCAUUUUUCGAGACUUUCAAUUUAAAUUCUUUAACGAGUUUGGUGGUAAACCUCAGAAUGGGGUGUUUACUGAUGCAAUGCAUCAAAAAGCUAGCGCCUGGUAUAUGAUAAGCUAUGGUAAAUCCAAAACCGAAGGUUCUUCAUAUUUUGGACUUCCAUGGGCAGUUACUGAUGUACUUGUUGAUCUCAAGAAUAAAAAUAAGAAAGAUCCGACAAUGAUCAACCCAAAAACAAUUCUUGAAAAUGUUAUAGACAAAAGUAUUGCAAAACACAUGCCAGUAGAAUUAACACCUGAAACAGAUUCCGAAGUAAUCUAUGAAAACAGGCUUGAUAUGUUAGACUUAGCUUAUAAAGUUCUCACUAAAUGGAUUAAAUCACAAAGGGAGCAUUUUUCUGAUUACAAUUUUAAAGAAAUUGAAAAAAUUUUUGGUGUCCAAUUUGACAAAUUAACCUCUAAGAUAGCGACUUGUUGUGAUUGGAAAUACAUUGAGAAGUUAAAAAAGGAAAAUGAUAUAAAGAAAGCAAUUUCUCCUUGUUAUUACAUCAUUCGGACAAUACUUGAAAUUGCUAAGAUUGGUGCACAUCCUACCAGAUGUUCUCCUGCCAUGCAAGAGGUGGGUUUACUUGCGUGGAUAACUUUAAUCAAAAUAGCUUGUACAUAUAAUCCACAGUAUUUAGGUAUUCCUAAUGAAGCCGGAGAGUAUGCGGAAACAGUUUUUUACAAAGCUCAGGAUAACAUCAUUGAAGUAAUUACUUUGUCUUUGAAUGAUAAAAGUAUUCCAUACAAUUAUGAAUUUACUAAAAAGUUGCUGAAAGAAGAAAAUGAAGUAAGGAAUUACUUGAUUAAGUACACUAGGCUGAAAGAGAUUGAAUUUAGAAACUACCAAGGUAGACAAAAUGAUUAUUACUUAAGACUAACUGUUCGAGGUAGUCGAUAUUCUAUUGAAAAGUUGAAAGAUAUUGCAGUUUUGGAUGAUUUCUAUGAAUUAGUUUACAGAAAUAAACCCCCCUUUAACAGUACAUAACCAUUUAUACUCAGUAUCUUUGUAAUGUGCUUUAAAUCAAUUUAUCAAAAUGUUCAUAGUUUAAACAUUAUAUGAUUUUAUUUAUUUAAAUGUUAUUUUUUGAACAAAUUUCUAAGCUACUUAAUUAGUAUUGAAAUUUUUUAAAUUGAGAAACAGUAUAUGACAAUUGUAAUGUUAUGCCCAUUGUAUUUAUUUCUUAAUAUCAGCAAAAUCUUUGCUGAACAAGAAUACGAAAAGGUUGAGUAGUUUGGAGUACCUCCAACCUAUUUAGAGCCAUCCCGGACAACCUGCACAAUCUUAUACUAAUUGAUUGAGUCUACUUAAUUUUUUUUUUUGUUAUAAAAUUUGAAACUUUCUUUUUCUUUCAAUUUGCUAAAGUAUUUGUUUCAGUUAUUAUUCUUAGGUUCAUCCAAAAAGCUCAGAAAACUUUUAAAAUCUUUUCUCAAGUAUUGAAUAUUAUUAUAUUCUUAAUCAAAUUUGUAACAACAUAGCUAUUUUAAGCUCUGUAUUCAAGUUAUUAUAUGUUGAAUUAACUAAUAACUUAAUCUAUCGAUGAUUUUUUAAUUUCAUACACAUUUUUUUAGUUAAGAUUAUCUAUAAUAAAUAGAGACACACAAUUUCAUGUAUAAUUUUUAAACAACAUAUUACUAUUAGAAGAAUGAUAUAAUGAGUUGCUCUACUUCAAUUGCUCAAUCAUCAGAUUUGGAUUGUUGUAGCUGUAUAGGUAAUUCAUGAAGAAAAAGUAUUGAUUUUUAUUCUAGAUAUUUUCAUGCACCACUUAUUCAAAGGAAUACAUUUAAAAAUAAAUGAAAAUAUUGUGUUAAUUAGCAGUUAUCAAUUUUGAAUUUCAUUAGAUUUGAAAAACAUGUGUGCCCUUAAUUAG